CACAAUUGCACAAAAGUAAAUGAGUCUACAAGGAGGGACAGGCAUGUUCUUUAAAUGGUAUAAAACUGAACUUCCAAAGACCUUGCUAUUCAUAAUUUUCCUCCAUUUCAACGUUACUCUCGGAGCAAGGAAGGAUCACAACUUUGGACAACUUCCCUAAGGUCAUUUUAUCCUAUCAGAGAAAUAAUGAAGGCUUUGGAUGUGCUCAUUCUACUACUCCCAGUGGCAGUCAAUACUCUACCAUAUGAUAUCAUGCCAGUGGAUUGUGUUGAUGUGUAUAGAAGGGGCUUUGGACACAGUGGKGUGUACACCAUCUACCCUGCAGGAACAACCUCCCCCAUCCAGGUCUACUGUGACAUGGGCUGUGAGGACCAACCUGAGGGGGGGAAAUGGACAGUGAUCCAMYAGAGAAAGYAUGGGACAGUGAACUUUUACCYUGGAUGGGACCAAUACAGGAGUGGGUUUGGGCAGGCAUCCGGAGAGUACUGSUUAGGCCUAGAAAACAUCCAUCUCCUCACUCAGAGGAAGAAGUAUGAGUUGAGGGUGGACCUGGAGGACUUCGAAGGGGCUAAAGUCCACGUCCAGUACUCCUCCUUCUCUGUCGACUCUGAGCAUGAAGGAUACAAGCUGCAUUUAAGUGGCUUCAAAGAUGGAGGUGACGGAAAAUCUAUGGAUGAACACAAUGGGCAGAAGUUCUCCACCUUCGACAAAGACCAGGACACUCACGCUUCAAACUGUGCUAAAUCAUAUCUAGGAGGAUGGUGGUAUGGAGAAUGCCACAGUGUCAAUCCCAACGGGGUAUAUCUGUGGGGCGACUCAAUCUAUGGUAUUGGUAUCAACUGGGUGUAUUGGAAAGGUUAUAAAUACUCUUUAAACGCCAUUGAAAUGAAGAUAAGGCCUGUGGAAUAAGUUCAGAACCUCUCACACUGUCACGGCCGUUGAAAGAACUGGACCAAGGUGCAACGUG